AUGCCACCAGGAAACAAUUUCAAAGAGGCAAGAAGUGUUUCAAGGUUGUAUCCAGUUGUGCCUCUCCUGACUGGCAAAAGGCUGCUUUGUCUAGUGGUGGCUUCCAUGGUGGAAAGCGAAAGGUUGUUUUUUGAAAGUCCCCUCUUACUCCUGUAUUGCCCUGCACUACCGCACUACCAAAGGACUCCCCAAAUCUCUGGAUCAGAUUUAGGGGACUGCAGAGGGAACGGAGAAUCAGCAGCAAUUGCAUCUUCUCCCUGCUUGUCCUCCUGUUUCUGUAUGUGUAAACCUUCAGUGGAUCAAAGAGACUUCCAUCUACAGAGGGACACCAUUGGGUACAACCCUCAGCCAUUAUUGCCUCUCUAUCCAUCAGCCAGUAGGACACUAGACAGUUGUAAGCUUUGCACAGCUUUCUUUGCUUGA